AUGGAGAGGAAAGCUCAGGAUGAAGAGCUUCUCGCAACCCAAUGCAGUGGCCAAGACGCACUCACACAUGCUAUCAGAGCGGCUGAACUGUACAUGAGCGCAGCGCUGGACGUCUCUAACAAGCCCGACUCGGCCCGUCUCAGACGCAAAUGUCAGGAACUCAUCUCGUACGCAGAAAACCUCAAGAGACGUCUCUCGAAAACGGCACCGCCGACUGCUUCCCCAAAAGUUCGGCCAGCCGUGCCUGUAGAACCUCGGGCGGAACUUCCAGGUAGUGGUAGCUCAAGGCUUCAUGGAAAUCAUUUCCCGCCAUGGGACAGCGACUCCCCAACCGUCGAUUCCCAAACAUCAUCAUCCUUGUUUCUAGACGACGCAAUCUUCACCCUGUCAAAAACACAGUUGCAGAACUUCGAAGCGUGGGCCAAACCGCUCGAUUUGUUCAAGCUCGAUGAUAUUGUCGACAAAUCUUCUAGGGAAGACGCAAUGAUGCAGGUGUCUAACAACAGUGAUCUGGUUCAAGACGUCACCACAGACUGUUCUGUUGUAGCCAGUCUGUCCGCAGCCCUCCACGUCCUGGUAGGAAAGCGCGCGCUGCUUUCUUCAAUAUUUCAUCCUUUCGACCACGAAAAAGGCAGGCCGAAACUCUCCGAGUCCGGCAUGUACGUGAUGAAGAUGAACUUCAAUGGGUGUGCGAGGCGCGUUACAAUCGAUGACAGGUUGCCUAUGUCGCGAACGAAUCGCAAUCUUUUCGUGGUCGACAGAAACAACCGUCACCUUUUGUGGCCCGCUCUUCUGGAAAAGGCCUACUUGAAAGUCCGGGGUGGCUAUGAUUUCCCGGGAAGUAAUUCAAGCACAGAUCUAUGGGUUCUUAUAGGGUGGAUUCCGGAACAAAUCUUUCUCCAAAAAGAAGACUCGGAUCUAAAUGAUAUAUGGAGCCGCAUCUCAACAGCAUACCAGUCGCAAGAUGUUGUCAUCACGCUUGGUACUGGUCGAAUAUCCGCAGAGGAAGAGAAAAUCCUGGGUCUAAUAGGGGAGCAUGAUUAUGCGGUUGAGAAUGUGGAUUCCUACGGGGGCCUUCGGCGACUCUUGAUCAAGAAUCCAUGGUGCGAUGGCCCUUCCAUGGCAACAUUGGAAGGCUCGACAACGCAAUCGGCAGCCAGCUUGAACCAACAAUCUUCGCUGCCUGGACAGUCUGCAACAGGGUUAUCAACAGGCUCCCAGCGGUCCAGCAGCCGGCUCUGGGUCUCUCUCGAAGACGUGGCACAGCAUUUCGAUGUCAUGUAUCUCAAUUGGAAUCCCUCCCUGUUUUCUCAUCGUCGAGACUACAAUUUUUCCUGGGAUAUACCGUCCAAGAUAUACCGUGAGGUCUUGUCCAAGAACCCUCAGUUCGCCGUGGCGUCGUCGACUCCCGGGACUGUCUGGAUCGUUGUAAGUCGGCAUUUCGCUGACGCGGAGCUUAAACUUGCCCGAAGUGGUAUCCAAGGUUCCACGGCCGCAGCUAGCCGUCAGCUCGGCUUCAUGAGCUUGUCGAUAUUCGACAACGUGGGCCACAGAGUCCACACAAGAGGUGAAGAGCUUUAUCAUGGACCGUACGUUGAUUCUCCUCAAACCUUGGUUCGUCUGGAAGCCAAGCCCAAUCGCCAGUACACAGUGGUUCUCGAUCAACACGAACUGCCUUUGCCCAGCUAUUCCUUUACCAUGCUACUGUUUUCUCAUUGUCCGCUUACCGUGGCGGAAGCCUCCGAGGCAAUGCCCUGUGUCGUGGAAGAAAAAGGGGCCUGGACGAGACGAACCGCCGGUGGCAACUCUUCAUGUGCCACGUACUUCCAGAACCCUCAAUACAAGCUCUCUGUCAACAGGGCAACCCCUGUUUCGAUUCUCCUUUCCGCAGACCUCAGUGAAAUCCACGUUCACGUGGACAUUGUGUGGGCGCAGGGUAACCGAGUCACGAGCGUGAGAUUGAAGGACCUGGUGGCGUCUUCCGGUGAAUAUCGACGUGGAUGUGCCGUGGCCGACAUUCCGCUGCUCGAGCCCGGAACCUACACCUUGGUUUGCUCGACAUUCGAUGCUGGCCAAGUUGCCGGCUUCGCCCUCCGUCUUGCCUCCAAGACCGCAAUCAGCGUCACCCCUGUGCCGGCGGACGGGGCCGGCAGACUCCUUGGAAAGCUUCCAAGACUCCUCAUGACGGAGGGCGAGGAAAAGUAUCGCGUGCCGGUCGAUGCGUCUUGUUUAACCCGGGCGACGGUGAACAUGCAGGCCGUGAGCAUACCCCAGGACGGCGGAAGGACCGGGCCGCCGGCAUCCUUGAUGGUCCGUGUAUCAGUCGUGCAUGGUCACGGUCUUGGACAAGCUGUCAUUGCGGUUUCCGGGCAAAACGAGUUUCGAGAUCCGAUGGUUCCUAUACGCACCCCGCAGUUUGACAUGGAGCCCGGUCGCAUAGGCGCAGAGGGAUUGUGGGUUCUCGUCGAGAGCAUCGGGUCCCACAACAUGGCCGUGGCAAUGGAAGGGCACAUCUUUAGCGACUCGCCAGUCCGUGUUGGAACAUGGGAGCCUAUAUGA